AUGUACAUAUGGAACUGUCUGACACUAAUCUCUGGAGUUAUCUAUAUAACAGCCAUUGAACUGGGAACAAGUUCGGCCCAAGCCAAUAUUUUGAACACAAUUCUGGGUGUCCCCUCAGAAUGUUUACAUCAGGGUGGUGUUUGGCCUUGCAAGUUAUCAUUUUCUUGCUGGCUGCAGGGAGGCAAGCAUGCUCGUGGCUGUGGAAACAACAAAUGGUUCUUUUCAUGUUGCAUUGCAGCAGAGGGAGACAUUUCACCAGCAGCAAAUUUGGUGGAGACUGCCCUGGUGGAGUACAACAAAAAAGUCACUUCUCUACCCAAAAGAGUGUUUCUCAGAAGGCGGGAGGAAAACGAUAUAGCAAUUAAGCCGGAAUGUGGCUUCGCUCGCAAUUUUCAACAAACUUUACAGAAACGCAUUAUAGGCGGCAGACCAGCUCAAUUUGCCGAAAAUCCUUGGCAGGCUCACAUACGUAUUGCCGAAUAUCAAUGUGGUGGAGUUUUGGUCUCCAAAAAUAUGGUGGCCACUGCUGCCCAUUGUGUUCAGCAGGCCCGAUUACAGGACAUCUCAGUUUAUUUGGGGGAAUUGGAUACCCAAAAUUUGGGUCAUGCACAUGAGCCUUUGCCGGCUGAGAAACACAAUGUCAUACAAAAGAUAAUACAUCCGCUCUUUGAGUUUCGUAUGACACAACCGGAUCGUUUUGAUUUGGCCUUAUUGAAAUUGGCCAAGCCCACAGGAUUUAGUGAACACAUAUUACCCAUAUGUUUGCCCAUGUAUCCCAUACGCUUGGUGGGUCGCAAGGCCAUUGUAGCCGGUUGGGGUAAAACGGAAGCCAGCAUGGGCCAGGCGGGUACAAAUAUGCUACAAGUGGCUACGGUACCCAUUAUAACUUCUGUGGAAUGCCUUCGCUGGCAUGAAAGCAAACAAAUCAAAGUCGAGCUCUUUAAUGAAAUGUUUUGUGCUGGUCAUUCAGAUGGCCAUCAAGACGCUUGUUUAGGAGAUUCCGGUGGCCCUCUCAUAAUCAAAGAAAGAGGUCGCUUCUUCUUGGUAGGCAUAACCAGCGCAGGUUUUGGCUGUGGCGUCGAUCACCAACCAGGCAUUUAUCACAACGUGCAGAAGACCACCAAAUGGAUUCAGGAGAUCUUAAUACGUCAUGCCUCCUAA